AUGAAUACCCGAAUAGAUACGUUGAAAGGUGUAAAUGGUACUCGUUUGGCCUCCGAAAGCCGAUACUUUCUGCAUCAUCGCAUCCCAGACCAUCUUAAAGUGUCCCAUAGCCAGGAGCCUUCCAAAGGAAAUCUUCACGAGCCAUCAAAGACGGAGUCGAAAUUGCCGAGGAUAGGUAGCUCUCUUGAUGAAAUGAAAGCUGACAAACCAGUUGGACUGAGACUAGUUAAAUCGAGCUUCGACUUUAUGCUGCAUUCUAUGAUGUCUGGCGGGUGGCUUUACAUUUCUGAAACUGUUAACCUCGACGUGAAUGGUCAUAAAAUGAUACAAGCUACGUGCUCCAAGUACUGGGGAAGAUGCGAGGCCUGCCGACAAACUGUGCACUCAACCAAGUACUUCUACUGUAAGAAUUGCCCUGUCGUAUGUCACAAGUCAAAAGUUUGUUGGGACAACUUUAAGAGGGUUUGUCCGGCAAGUGACACAAAGAUAUCCGGCUGGGGUGAAAGUAAGAAUAGCAUUGCUUUUGGUACUGCGCCGCCAAAGAAACUAAGGCGUCCUCAUCUCGACGUUCAAUACGUCUACCUCGGCGGAUCAGUGAGCACUCAGGAGAACGGAUGUGCGGAGUGUGGCCGUGUUCUCCAAGCAAAUAUGGGUUACAUGUGCGGUGAGGCUGGACGGAAAACAGAGGAUGGCGACACUAAGUCAGACACCAAGUGGGGACGUCUGCGCAACUUCAUACGCAGAACUUUUAGAAGUCGGGACAAGAAAGCCAGCAGACCUAGACCGGAGGUCCAGGAGGCCAAGAAGGUACUUUUGUGUCACUUGACUAGGAAACAGUACUGCGAAAACUGCCACUGGGGAGACACAUGGUACAUUCCAGGGAACAUGUUUCUGCUCAACGAUUUUGAACGACAUCCGGUGUCACGAUCGGCUUAUUUGAAACUUCGAGUUCUGUGGGACACGGAGAUAAUUAAGACUCCAUCGUAUUGGCACAAAGACAACGAAAAGGCACUCAAGGUCUUCCAGAUAAGAAAAAAAUUGAAAGCAAUGUCAGCAUACUUUAGCGUCUGUGACGACGCCCAAGCUAUCAAAGAAGUCGUAGAUGUGAGUCCCGCUUAA